AUGGCUGAGGUCGAAUUGAAGACCAUUUUAUUCGCACAAUGCGUCACUAGAGAAGCCCAAAAACAUAAUCAUGGAGGCCGACCAGAUAUGAAGCGGGUCAUGAAACGUCUGAGGAACCACCCGCUAAGCGUUGGCAUACAUCUCAGCUCCCAGGAAGCUGCACAGCUAUACAGCAAAAUAUUUCCCAGGCGGCCAUCGGUAGCAGUGCUUGAAUCUGCCACUGCCGACCUUGUGAAGGAGUAUAUCAAAACUGAAGUCAACAAACUCGAGCAGGACCUUGAGGAAGGGGCUGGACCACUUAACCAGCGCUUCGGGCGCAUCCAUAAGGCGGUAGAAAGCCGGUCGGACGAGCCGGAAAAUGCACAUGAGAAGAAAGUCAGGCACGAGGCUGUCAAAAGAUUCCAGGGUCGGGCAUUUCCCCUAUUGGACGAUUUUAUGUCUUGGAGGUCCUCGUCUUUCUUUGCUCAGCCGGUAACUGAGUCUGAAUAUUAUGAAGUUGUCAAGGCACCCACAGACUUGAAGACAAUCAAAGCCCAGGUCAAAGAUGGUACAAUUACCAGCGGUGCCGAACUAGAAAGAGAAAUUCAACGAAUGUUUGCCAACUCAGUAAUGUACAAUCCCUGGAACUCUUCCAUGUCGGAAUGGACAAGAGAAAUGCAGCAGGAAGCAGAACUACGGCUGGCUAUGUUCCGCGAAUUCGAUGAGGACAGGCGUUGA